GGAUGGAGGGGACCCAGGGGCACUUACGGGGGGGCUGGGGUUUGGGAUGGGGUGAAAGGAUUCAAUGGGAAUGGGGAUUUGGGAUGGGCUGUGAGGAUUUUCUGUGGGGCUGGGAAUCUGGGAUGAGAGGUAAGGACAUUCUGUGGGGCUGGGAAUUUGGGAUUGGCUGUAAGGAUUCUGUGGGGCUGGGAGUUUGGGAUUUGUGUAAGGAUUCCAUGGGGCUGGGGGUUUGGAAUGGGCUACAAGGACAUUUUAUAGGGCUGGGAGUUUGGGAUUGGCUACAAGGACAUUCUGUGGGGCUGGGAGUUUGGGAUUUGUGUAAGGAUUCCAUGGGGCUGGGGGUUUGGAAUGGGCUACAAGGACAUUUUAUAGGGCUGGGAGUUUGGGAUGGGGUGAAAGGAUUUUCUCUGGGCCUGGGGGUUUGGGACGGGCUGAAAGGAAAGAAUUCCAUGGGCUGGGAAUCCAGAUGGGCCACAAGGAUUCCAUGGGGUUGGGGGUCUGGGAUGGGGUGAAAGGACCUUCCCUGGGGCUGGGAGUUUGGGAGGGGCUGUGAGGGUUUUCUGUAGGGCUGGGAGUUUGGGAUGGGGCGAAAGGAUAUUCUAUGGGGCCGGAGGUUUGGGAUGGGCUGUAAGGCCAUUCCAUGGGGCUGGGAACUGCCAGGACCGAGCCCAUCCCCACAACAACCCACAGACCCAGAGACACCAGGCAGGAACCGUGCGAGAGUCCAAGCCUGGAAUUGGGGCAGGAUGGGGGGAAAGGCUGCCCCAGCACUUCCCAACAUCUCCCAGCCUUUCCCAGCCCCAGGAAGGCACAAUGCAGGAUUUGGGAUCUGCCGCCUCUCCCUUGGCUCUCCCCACGCCGGGCCAGCUGUGGAGCAGCUCCCAUGGAACUCCGGCGGUUCCAGGAGCUCCGGGAGCCUCCAGCAGGGCAGGCUCAGCCCCGCUCAGAGUUUCCAGCCGCUCGCUCGGCUGUUGCUCCGUCUCCGGGUGACCGAGUCCCUCCAGAUUCCCUCAAAUCUCGGUCCAAGAAUGUUGUUUGGGCUGAAGAAUGCGCGGCUGGGAAGGGAAAAGGGAGAAGGGAGGCUCGGGGUGAGCGGGGAGGUCGAGGCAGGGCUGGAUCAGCUCUCCCUGCUGACCUGACCUUCCCUGCAGUUGGUGGGCAGAUGUGGGGCCUCCACCCCAGAGGGAUCUCUGAAUCCUUCAGGGCUCCUUUCCUGGAGACACUCAGGAUUCCCUAUCCUACAAGAUUCCCUCAAGAUUCCCUUUCCUGGAGCCCCUCAGGGUUCCAUUUUCUGGAAUUCCUCAGGAUUCCCUUUCCUGGAGACCCUCAGGAUUCCCAUUCCCCCUUUCUUGGAGUUCCUCAUUAUUCCCUUCCCUGGAGUCCCUCAGGAUUCCUUUCCAUGAGUCCCUCAGGGUUCUUUUUCCUGGAGUCCGUCAGGGUUCCCUUUCCCCCUUUCCUGGAGCCCCUCAGGAUUCCCUUUCCUGGAGCCCCUCAGAUUUCCCUUUCCUGGAGCCCCUCAGGGUUCCCUUUCCUGAAAUCCCUCAGAGAUUCCCUUUCCUGAAAUCCCUCAGAGUUUCCCUUUCCUGGAGUUCCUCAGGACUCCUUUCCACGAGCCCCUCAGGGUUCCCUUUCC